AUGCUAUUUUAUCCUUCUCAUGUCCUCCCCCGAUUCGUUUUUUCUCGUUUCUCAAAACUUUCUCUUCUUCUACUUCGCGCCCAUCACCUGAAACGCCAAAGCCAUCUUCCUCCGCUUGUAAAUUACUCCAAACACCUGAAAACACUGAAGCAAAUCGCUGCUUCCUUGACUGUAUCAUCUGGGUCUGACCACGUACCCAACUCUGUUUCUUCAAAGUUUACGUCUCUGUAUACCCAAUCUGGUGACCUCAAUAAUGCUGUUUCAGUAUUCAGCUCGCCACAAGAACAUAACACAAAGGCAUGGAACUCGAUCAUUAGAACCCACGUUGAUUUCGGUCGUGUGGUUGAGGCUUUUUCAUUGUACAGGAGGAUGAGAGAGCUGGGUGUUGUGCAUGACGGUUUCACGUUCCCGAUAAUAAACAGCGCGAUUUCGCUGCUCGGCGGAGACGGUGGUGAUGUUAUUGAGUGUGGGAAAAUGAUUCAUUGCGUCGCUGUCAAGAUGGGUUUCGGGCUGGAUUUGUAUUUCUGCAAUACUAUGAUGGAGGUUUAUGGCAAAUGUGGGCUUGUCAGUUCUGCGCGUAAGGUGUUUGAUGAAAUGCUUGAGAGAGAUUUGGUUUCUUGGACGACAAUGAUUUCGGGGUAUGUUUGUGAAGGGAGCUUUGGCUGUGCGUUUAGAUUGUUCAGAAUAAUGAGAGUGGACAUUGAAGCUAAUUUUGUGACUGUUAUUGUUCUGCUGCAGGGAUGUUCCCUGUCUGAGAUGCUGUCUGAAGGGAGGCAGAUUCAUAGUUAUGUUAUCAAGAAUGGUUUACUGAGUGAUGGGGUUGUUCAAAACUCAGUUUUGAGAUUAUAUGCCAGAGCUGACAGUUUUGAAGAAGAAGAAAUUUUUUUCAGUGAAAUGGAUCAAAGAGAUACAGUUUCAUGGAAUACUAUCAUAGGCUUUUACUCCUCAAUAAUGGAUAUUGAAGAAGUGGUUGCUGGAUUCAGGAAGAUGCAGAGUGAAGCACUGUUGACGGUUGAGACACUGACGUUGGUUGUAUCAGCAUUUGCGAAGUCUGGGAAUCUUAAUGAAGGGAAAAAUUUACAUUGUUUCGCUGUAAAAGUUGGGUUAUUCGACAAUAUUUUUGCAACUUCUUUGUUGGAUUUUUACGCUAAACUUGGUGACAUGGAAAGUUCAGAUCGAUUAUUCGGAGACAUCUCUAACAGAAAUGCCAUAACUUGCAAUGCAAUGAUGUCUAGUUUUGUUCAAAAUGGUUAUUCCAGACGUGCAAUUGCCUUGUUUCGGAAACUGCAAGAUGCAGGCCUGCAACCUGGAGUUGACAUUUUGAGAAAUCUUGUUGAUGCAUAUGCCAAUCUGGGUGCUCUCAAUUUGGGCAAAGGAGUACAUGCUUACCUGGUAAAGAACUUAUCUUACGAACUCCAAGAAAGCAAUUCAAAUUUGGAAUUGGAAACUUCUAUUCUCAACAUGUACAUAAGAUGUGGAAGCAUUUCUACUGCUAGAGAAUUUUUCAGUAGAAUUUUGGCCAAAGAUGUGGUAACUUGGACAUCAAUGAUUGAAGGGUAUGGUACUCAUGGACUUGGUUUGGAGGCCAUUGAAGUUUUUCACCAAAUGGUGCAUGAAGGAAUCAAACCAAAUAGCAUUACCUCCUUGAGUUUACUAUCAGCUUGUAGUCACUCUGGCCUUGUAAGUGAAGGCUGUGAAGUAUUCCAUUCCAUGAAAUGGGAAUUUAAUAUCCGACCCGCUUUGGAUCACUACACUUGUCUCGUUGAUCUAUUGGGUCGCUCUGGAAAUCUCAAAGAGGCUUUAGCCAUAAUAAUGAGAAUGGUCCCGUAUCCGGACAGCGGGAUUUGGGGUGCACUUCUUGCUGCAUCCAGAGAGUAUGGGGACAAAAGAGUUGGGGAAUUUGCAGGUGAGAGGUUAUUGAAGUUGGAAGCAGAUAAUGUAGGGUACUACACUUUGUUGAGUAAUGUAAAAGCUAGCAGACAAGAGUGGGCUGAAGUUGAAGAACUCAGGAGAGGAAUGAACUCAAAGUAUCUAAAAAAGAAACCAGGGUGGAGCUGUGUUGAGCAGAAAGGAAGAAUACAUGGUUUUGUCUCUGGAGGUAAACUAUGGAGCGCAGAAGAGACGACACCGUUUUAG